AGCUAUUCUCUUUUUCACGUAUUUAAUCAAUGGAAAUAUUACAAAAUAAACACUUAACACUUAAUUUAAAGUCACAGUUAACUCGACAAAAUUGAUGUUUGUAUUCGAAGAGGUGAGGUGGCAUUUACAUCUUUGUUGCACAUCGGAUGUAAAAGACUGUAACACGCACUGAAUCUUGAGAUGAUGAAACGCCACAAGUUUUGAAAUAAGGUCCGUUUCUAUACAUAACUGAAGUGUCGCAAGUUAAAUAUUUAUCAGAUAUUUUCAUAUACGUUGCGUUCAAGGUGGGAAGAUGCUGCUCUUCUGUCCGACAUGCGGGAAUGUGUUGAUUGUGGAGGAGGGACAAAAAUGUUAUAGAUUCGCAUGUAACACAUGUCCAUAUGUGCAUAACAUCACGAGAAAGGUGAACAAUAGGAAGUACCCCAAACUGAAAGAGGUGGACGAUGUGCUGGGUGGUGCAGCUGCCUGGGAAAAUGUGGAUUCCACGCCAGAAACGUGUCCGAAGUGCGAGCACCCGCGUGCGUAUUUUAUGCAGAUUCAGACGCGCUCGGCGGACGAGCCCAUGACCACGUUCUACAAGUGCUGCAACAUACAGUGCGGCCAUCGCUGGAGAGAUUGAGCUGGUGGUGGUGGCAUGACAUCACCAACCUGGUCAGUCUGGAGCGCACACUGGCUGAUGGACGUGCAAAGAGGUUUACAGAACCAUACAGAAGUUUGGUUUUUCCUCUUCUGUUACUUUUUCCGUGGAAUUAAUUUAAUGGGCACAUAUUGGGUUCUCUGGACAAGGAAUGAUUGACAGUACACCCGAUCAGAAACUUUGAGGUUGUUGAAGGGCUAUUUAGUAAGGAGUAUAGUAUAGAUUUGUGCUUAUACAAGUGCAAUCUAAUAAAGGUAUGGAUCAACUGCUGAUUUGUUUUGCAGAGGUAUACGACUUUUUGUGUUUGAUGCAUCGUUAAGGAUAUCAGUUAAAGGAUAACUUCCUUCUUGGUUAAGGGGACAUCCUAUCCUCUCGCAUUAGAAAUUCAGACCACAGAAUUACAAGUCGAGCAUGUAAUUUCAGAAAGAAGAUAACCCAGGGAAAGGGUUUGGUUUGACUAGGGGUGCACAGCUCUUGUCCUGGAGGCCCAGAGGGCCUUUGUUCCAGUUACCUAACUUUUAGUUUUCUGACGGCUCUAUACUGGAAGCUAUGCUGUUUUUUUUAAAAUCUGCUACUCAAGAGCUGUAACCUGUAGAGGCCAUGAUGUGGAAGGAUUGUCAAUUACAGAAGGGAGACUAUAAAUUUCACCCUGAUGAAGUUGUCUCUAAAUUUAAGAAGAGUAGGAAGACCUUUGCGUUUAACAUACGGCUGUACUGUAUGACAUGGUUUAUUAAAGACAUAAAACAGC